AUGCUUGAAGAUGUGAUCGAUGCUUACGCUAUAAGCCAAUCCCUGACCUGCCAAGUAUACCAUCCACAUAAUAGUCCAUGGCCAUUCAUGGAGCGGGCCAUUGACUUGGUGAGACCUAUGUCGAUUACACCUGCCGAGAAGGAGAUGAUGAUAAUCGUCAUUGAUUACUUCACCAAAUGGAUUGCGGCUGAGGCUUUAUCCUUUACCAAGGAAGUUGACUCGAUAGUCACUGAAAAUGGUACACAGUUCGUGGGUAGGCAGAUCACCGCAUUCCUUACGAAGAAUGGCAUUAAACAGCACUUGUCAACUCCUAGAUACUAG